AUGUCAAGGGCUUCCGCGAAUCAUGUCUACAUAAACCUGACCACAGACGACCAGAAUGCUUGUUGCGGUUUCUUCCUCAUUCAGUCAAGUCAACGAUGCGAUUCUCAUACCUCCCCCUCUUCACUCUCUUCCCCACCUACCUCGCCUACCCAUCCACUCCCAGUCUCUCCACAAACGAAGACUCUCCCAUCUCCAUCACAAACGCAACAUGCGCCGGGCGGGACAACACCAUUCUCAACCUCAGACGCUACACGGAUUUCCCUCGACAUCGCACGCCACGACCGAACAACCCUCAUGACGCCAGGAUACAGAUGGGCUUACGAAGUCGUCGAAUACUUCACCAUCUGCGUGCGCAACAGCGCCAACCAAGCCGCUAUCGUCACCGACAACGCCAUUGGCCUCGGUGCGCUGGGCGUGCUCACUGUGUGCUGUAGAGAGCCGCUGUGCUUGGGUGGGACGAACAUCGUCAUGGGUACAAGUCCGACUAGUGGAUCUGGUGUUCCGUUGGACCUUCGCAUCGCUGGUUGGGGGAACUUCCCCUGCUAG